AGCCGCCACCCCUUCCCCCCGUGCGCAACGCCCCGGGAGCACCGAACCGCCGCACCCCUUGCGGCGCCGGGCCGGCCGGCCAUGGCAGUCUCCAGGCUUGAUCGUCUUUUUAUCUUAUUGGAUACUGGUACCACCCCGGUAACACGAAAAGCAGCUGCUCAGCAACUUGGGGAAGUGGUGAAACUCCAUCCCCAUGAACUAAAUAAUCUUUUAUCUAAAGUACUGAUAUAUUUAAGGAGUACAAAUUGGGAUACACGAAUUGCAGCUGGACAAGCUGUUGAAGCCAUAGUGAAAAAUGUACCUGAGUGGAACCCAGUGCCAAGAUUGAAGCAAGAACCCACUUCAGAAAGUUCUAUGGAAGACUCGUCUGCAACAGAUCGAUUGAAUUUUGACAGAUUUGAUAUCUGUAGAUUGCUGCAGCAUGGAGCAUCACUUCUUGGGUCUGCUGGUGCAGAAUUUGAAGUCCAAGAUGACAAAUCAGGGGAAGUGGACCCUAAAGAGAGAAUAGCUCGCCAGCGUAAACUGUUACAGAAGAAACUUGGCCUUGAUAUGGGAGCAGCAAUUGGAAUGAAUACUGAAGAGCUCUUUAAUGAUGAAGAUCUGGACUACACCCCGACUGCAGCUUCCCUUGUAAACAAACAACCUGCUCUUCAGGCUGCUGAGUUGAUUGACUCAGAAUUUCGAGCAGGGAUGAGCAACAGGCAAAAGAAUAAAGCUAAAAGAAUGGCAAAAUUAUUUGCAAAGCAGAGAUCCAAGGAUGCAGUGGAAAGCAAUGAAAAGAGCAAUGAUAGUACGGAUGGGGAACCAGAAGAAAAGAGACGGAAGAUAGCCAAUGUUAUUAUUAAUCAGCCUGCAACUGAGUCCAAGGUCUUGAUUGAUAACGUGCCAGACAAUUCUUCCUUAUUUGAAGAGACAAAUGAAUGGCCUCUGGAAAGCUUUUGUGAAGAACUGUGUAAUGAUCUUUUUAAUCCGUCCUGGGAGGUUCGACAUGGUGCAGGUACUGGACUAAGGGAAAUUCUCAAAGCUCAUGGGAAAAGUGGUGGUAAAAUAGGAGAUAGCACUUUAGAGGAGAUGAUUCAGCAGCAUCAAGAUUGGCUGGAAGACUUGGCCAUUAGACUCCUUUGUGUUUUUGCAUUAGACAGAUUUGGUGACUUUGUUUCAGAUGAAGUUGUAGCACCAGUUCGUGAAACUUGUGCUCAAACUUUAGGUGUGGUGUUAAAACACAUGAAUGAAACAGGAGUUCAUAAAACCGUGGAUGUACUCCUUAAAUUGCUUACACAAGAACAGUGGGAAGUGAGACAUGGUGGCCUAUUAGGAAUAAAAUAUGUUUUAGCAGUUCGUCAGGAUGUAAUUGAAACUUUAUUGCCUAAAGUUUUGACAAAAAUAAUUGAAGGACUCCAGGACCUUGAUGAUGAUGUCAGGGCUGUUGCUGCAGCAUCAUUAGUACCAGUGGUGGAUAGUCUUGUUCAUCUUCAAUCACAAAAGGUACCUUUUAUUAUAAAUACAUUAUGGGAUGCUCUUCUGGAACUAGAUGAUCUCACUGCUUCAACAAAUAGUAUCAUGACCCUUCUUUCAUCCCUUCUAACUUAUCCUGAAGUCCAGCAGUGCAGUAUCCAACAGUCACUUACAGUUUUAGUACCACGUGUAUGGCCAUUUUUGCAUCACACUAUAUCAUCAGUUCGAAGAGCAGCAUUGGAAACGCUAUUUACAUUAUUGUCAACACAGGACCAGAGCUCUUCAUCCUGGUUAACACCUAUCCUACAGGAUAUGCUGCGACACAUUUUUCAGUUUUGUAUUUUGGAAAGCAGUCAAGAAAUUCUGGACCUUAUUCACAAGGUAUGGAUGGAACUGUUAAGUAAGGCUUCAGUGCAAUAUGUAGUGGCGGCAGCUUGCCCGUGGAUGGGUGCCUGGCUUUGUUUAAUGAUGCAGCCUUCUCAUUUACCUAUUGAUUUAAAUAUGCUCCUGGAGGUAAAAUCCAGAUCUAAGGAAAAACCAGGUGGUAAGAUACGCCAGGGUCAAAACCAAAGUAAAGAAGUACUGCAAGAAUAUAUUGCAGGUGCAGAUAGCAUUAUGGAAGACCCUGCAAUGAGAGAUUUUGUUGUUAUGCGGGCCAGAGUGAUGGCAGCCAAGUUGUUAGGAGCACUUUGUUGCAAUAUUUGUGAUCCAAGUGUAAAUGUAGCUUCUCAAGACAUUAAACCAGCUGAGUCUCUUGGCCAGUUGCUACUUUUCCACCUGAACUCAAAGUCUGCUUUGCAAAGGAUUAGUGUUUCUUUAGUAAUCUGCGAAUGGGCUGCUUUACAGAAGGAAUGUAAAGCUGUUGCCUUAGCUGUGCAGCCACGUUUACUUGGUAUCCUGUCAGAACAUCUGUAUUAUGAUGAGAUUGCUGUUCCAUUUACACGAAUGCAGAAUGAAUGUAAACAGCUUAUUACAUCAUUAGCUGAUGCACAUAUUGAAGUUAAUAGCAGAGUGAAUUACAGUGUGUUUACCAUAGAUCAAGCUAAUGAGCUGGUCACUACUAUUUUUAAUGAAGUCACAUCAUCUUUCACUUUAAGUCCAAAAGCGUUGCAGCAUUUAGAUAGUAAGCGACAACAAGUUCAAAUGACUGUUGCAGAAACAAAUCAGGAAUGGCAAGUACUGCAAUUGAGAGUCCAUACAUUUGCUGCUUGUGCAGUUGUGAAUUUACAACAGCUUCCAGAAAAAUUAAAUCCUGUCAUAAAACCAUUAAUGGAGACUAUUAAGAAAGAAGAAAAUACACUGGUACAGAAUUAUGCUGCUAUGUGCAUAGCAAAAUUACUUCAGCAGUGUACAUCAAGAACUCCUUGUCCCAAUUCAAAGAUUAUUAAAAACCUCUGUAGUUCACUGUGUGUGGACCCACAUCUUACUCCUUGUGUCGCAUGUCCAGCACCACCCCAAAGCAGCCAUGAAAAUUCUAAAGUAGGACAAAACACAGAUAAAGAUGGAAUGCAUCACACUGUCACUAAGCACAGAGGUAUCAUCACGCUCUACAGGCAUCAGAAAGCUGCGUUUGCCAUCACAAGCAGACGUGGCCCUACUCCUAAAGCAGCAAAAGCUCAACUUGCAGAUUUUCCCCCAGGAAGCAGUGGAAAUAUCCCUGCUGAAUUGGAUGAGGCACAAAAACCAUAUUUAGUGCAACGGAGAGGGGCUGAAUUUGCCUUGUCAACUAUAGUGAAGCACUUUGGUUGUGAAAUGGCUGUAAGGCUACCACAUCUCUGGGAUGCUAUGGUUGGCCCCCUGAGGAAUACAAUUAACAUAAAAAGUUUUGAUGGAAAGUCCCUACUGGAAAGGGGAGAUGGCCCUGCCCAAGAAUUGGUGAAUUCUCUGCAAGUUUUUGAAACAGCAGCAGCUGCAAUGGAUACUGAGCUUCAUCCUUUGUUGGUACAGCAUUUGCCUCAUCUAUACAUGUGCCUUCAGUACCCCAACACUGCAGUGAGGCACAUGGCUGCUCGUUGUGUAGGAAUCAUGAGCAAAAUAGCUACCAUGGAAACAAUGAAUAUUUUUUUAGAGAAGGUUCUUCCGUGGAUAGGAGCAAUUGAUGACAGUACGAAACAAGAAGGUGCAAUUGAAGCACUUGCCUCUGUAAUGGAACAGCUAGAUGUUGGCAUUGUUCCAUAUAUUGUUCUUUUAGUUGUACCUGUAUUGGGAAGAAUGAGCGAUCAGACAGACAGUGUACGGUUCAUGGCUACACAGUGCUUUGCAACAUUAAUUAGGCUAAUGCCACUUGAGGCAGGCAUUCCUGACCCUCCAAAUAUGUCAGAAGAAUUAAUCCAAUUGAAAGCCAAAGAGCGACACUUCUUGGAGCAGUUGUUAGAUGGCAAAAAAUUAGAAAAUUAUAAAAUUCCAGUUCCAAUCAAAGCUGAACUCAGAAAAUAUCAGCAGGAUGGUGUGAAUUGGUUGGCAUUUCUUAAUAAGUACAAGCUUCAUGGAAUUCUUUGUGAUGACAUGGGUUUAGGAAAAACAUUACAGUCUAUUUGCAUUCUAGCAGGAGACCACUGUUUCAGAGCCCAGGAAUAUGCAAGAUCUAAAUUAGCGGAAUGCAUGCCGCUUCCAUCGUUGGUGGUUUGUCCUCCUACUCUAACAGGUCACUGGGUUGAUGAAGUAGGUAAAUUUUGUUCCAAAGAGUAUCUCAAUCCUUUACACUACACUGGACCUCCAACUGAAAGAGUAAGGUUACAGCACCAAGUCAAAAAACAUAAUCUGAUAGUGGCUUCUUAUGAUGUUGUACGGAAUGACAUAGACUUUUUUAAAAAUAUUAAAUUUAACUACUGUAUUCUUGAUGAAGGCCAUGUCAUCAAAAAUGGGAAAACAAAAUUAUCAAAAGCUGUAAAACAGUUGACUGCCAAUUAUAGGAUCAUUCUUUCUGGAACACCAAUCCAGAACAACGUUUUGGAGCUUUGGUCACUCUUUGAUUUCCUUAUGCCAGGAUUUUUGGGCACUGAACGUCAGUUUGCAGCUCGUUACGGUAAACCUAUAUUAGCAAGCAGGGAUGCUCGAAGCUCCAGUCGAGAACAAGAAGCGGGAGUUCUUGCAAUGGAAGCACUGCAUCGCCAGGUCCUCCCAUUUCUCUUGAGAAGAAUGAAAGAGGAUGUUUUGCAGGAUCUCCCACCCAAAAUUAUUCAAGAUUAUUACUGUACUCUUAGCCCUCUACAGAUUCAGUUGUAUGAAGAUUUUGCUAAGUCGCGUGCCAAAUGUGAUGUUGAUGAAACCGUUUCUACAGCUGCACUUGCCGAAGAAACUGAAAAGCCAAAGCUAAAGGCUACGGGGCAUGUGUUCCAGGCGUUACAGUAUUUACGUAAACUAUGCAACCAUCCAGCAUUAGUCUUAACAGCCCAACACCCUGAAUUUAAGAAUACUACUGAACAACUGGCAGCUCAGAACUCUUCUCUUCGGGAUAUUCAGCAUGCUCCUAAACUCUCUGCUUUGAAACAACUGCUGCUGGACUGUGGUUUGGGAAAUGCCAGUACUUCAGAGAGUGGUACAGAAGCUGUUGUGGCCCAGCACAGGAUACUGAUCUUCUGCCAGCUCAAAAGCAUGCUGGACAUAGUAGAACAUGAUCUUCUCAAACCUCAUCUACCUUCUGUCACAUAUCUGCGGCUAGAUGGAAGUAUACCUGCUGGUCAAAGGCAUUCCAUUGUCUCACGGUUCAACAAUGACCCAUCCAUAGAUGUUCUUUUACUGACUACACAUGUUGGUGGACUGGGUCUUAACUUAACAGGAGCUGAUACAGUCGUAUUUGUUGAGCAUGACUGGAAUCCUAUGAGGGAUUUACAAGCAAUGGAUCGAGCACAUCGUAUUGGCCAGAAACGAGUUGUUAAUGUGUAUCGAUUAAUAACAAGAGGAACGUUGGAAGAGAAAAUAAUGGGUUUGCAGAAAUUCAAAAUGAAUAUUGCAAAUACCGUUAUUAGCCAAGAGAAUGCUAGUCUGCAGAGCAUGGGGACCGAUCAACUUCUUGACCUGUUUACCCUUGAUAAGGAUGGAAAAGCGGAAAAAGCAAAUACCUCGACAGCUUCUGGAAAAGCAAGUAUGAAAUCAAUCCUGGAGAACCUCAGUGAUCUUUGGGAUCAAGAUCAAUACGACACUGAGUACAGUCUUGAAAAUUUUAUGCAUUCUCUCAAAUAACUGUUAAUUCUCAUUAAGGCAACUGCUGCUAGAUUAAUUACAUUUCUGCUGAUAUUCAGCAAAUUUCAAAGUUUAUGGAGAACAUUUAGCUCAUUGUGUAAAUAGAUUGGAAAAAGAGUCAGCAGGAUUCUGAAACUUGUUCCACUGGAGGGAACAAGUUAUUCUGUCUUAAAACUUUGCACUGUUAUUAAACUUAAAUUUUAAUGUGAAGUGUUUUGAAUUUUUAUAUACUGAAGAGACCCAGAGAGAGGGGGAGCCACACAGGGUUUACACAUGCUACCAAAUGGUGUUCUCAUUGGGAAUGAACCCGCAUGUCAUGGGGUACACAGUCACUUUGUACAGGAACCAUUUCCAUGAGUACUUUAGGUUGUUCGUGUACAUUUUUUUCCUUUUAAAUGGAACUUGUUUUUAUGAUUUCAGAAUGAUAGACUUUUUCACUAUCAGAAAUUCAGAUGAGCCAUAAUUUUAAGAUAGUCAUCAUUAAUAUUGGCCAAUAUUAGAAGCCAGAAAGAAUGUUAGGAACUGAACUAGGUAUCUGUAUGCAAACCUUUGUAUAUUUAAUGCAAAUUUUUUGACAUCAUUUUGUCAUUUUUUUAAAAAAUAUAAAUAUGGGCUAUUCUAAAUACAGGUAAUGGGCUUUUUAAGGCCACUUUCACAUCCUGUUAAGAGGGUGUACUUUUUUAAUUUAUCUAAAGGCUAGAAUAUAGCCUGACUCAAAGAACAUAUAUACACACUAGGUUUCAAUCGUAUAUAAAUAUAUAAUAUAUUUUUUGUAACUAAAAAUUGUAUACAAAAGUAUACAAAUAGGAAUUUUUCAAGAAUUAGAUUUUACACUGUUUAGAAUUCCAAAAGCCUAUGCUGAAAAGACUGUUUACUGUAUUAGUGCAUGACUUGAGAGCAAUGUUUCCUUUACAUACAUAGAUAUACAUGAAUAGACAUAUCUAUAUACAUAGAAAUACCUACACUAUGCCUGAGGGGUGGAGUACUGCCACUGAAAUCAUGUGACUAUAUUGGGCAGUAAUAAUAGUUGGGGAUGAGGAUGUAUUAGCUGGACACUAGACAGUGUUAUCAGAGAGCCCGUUGGGGAAGGUGGAGCGUAUGUCUAUAGGUAUAGAUGUGCAUGUAUACACGUUCAACACAGACAUGGAGAGAGAGGGAGAAAGGGAGAAAUGUAAGCAUGUCUGCAUAAUACAUAUAUGGAAUAAAUGUAUAUAUAUAUGUAUAGACUUCCAGUUUGUCUGAGGUUUGUGGCUUGCCUUGUACUUGGCAUCAAAUUGAAGACCACCAGAUCUCUGCUGUGUAAAAUCACACGUGUUUUGUUUAAUAACAUAAAACAUUAGCCUGUUUGACAGCAUUUAGAUGAGGACAUUUGUCACAUUUCAGUAGCUGUUAUGGCUACAUUGUAACAUUAAAUUUAGCAUUCCAUAAGAGAAUAAUAAAAAUAAAAUUGGAAAUACAAAAUAAACGUGUGUAGUUGUAUAUUCAUCAAAAAGUUAGAGCUGAAACAUUGCUUUAGUUUUGAACCAUGUUUUUAUCUUCUUAAUUCAAGUAUGUUGUUUCUGAGAAUUUGUUUCAUUGCAGCUUGAAAAUCUCCUUUUUCCUUAGAAGUGCACUUUGGUACAGUGGAAAGGGGCAUGUGCACUGGGGUUUGAAUUUCGCCUCACAUAUAUACUGCCUGUGUGAUUUUGGCAAGUUACAUAAACCUUCCUGGUUUCCUUACCUGUAAUAAUGGGAUGAUAUUACUUGCACUGUCUACCUCAUGGGGUCAUUUUGGGAGAAAGCUGUCAAUGCCAGUCUAGUCCCAUAUAAAUGUGAGUUAUUAUUUAUCAUCUUUUGGUCACUUGUACUCUGCAGGUUAAAGGGGGGACCAAAAGAUAAAAUUUGUGAAUUUGUACGUCAUGAGUUAGCUUCGAUGUCAGUUAGUGUUCUGAGAAUAUUAUGUCUUUAUUAUCAUUUAUGAAAAUUUGAGGAUUUUUUGUUCAUCUAGUUUUUGAACUUUAAAUUAUCACACAAUGUCCUUCCUUUGCAGUUACCGAAGCAUAAGAAACUUCAUUGUAUUUUCAGAUACAGAGAAAACUAAACCUAACGUUUUUCAAAAAUGAGAUGGGAAUAGAGUAUUUACUUUUUCCAUAUAUCACACUGGGGAAAUGGUGCAUCUAAAGAAUGCAUUAAAUAAAUUUUAAAUCCUGGAGAAUAACUUGGAGCAGCAAUGUGUUUUGUCUGGUGCAGGCCUCAGUUUCUUCCAUCUGUAGAAACAGGUUGAAUUUAAUGACAUCUAAUGUCUGGCCCAUCUCCAGAUCUUAGGAUCAUACUCUGAGACCUCCAUCCCUCUAGGCCCAUCCGAUAAAUCCUGCCCUUGAAGCUGACUUGUAAGGGGGAAACCUGCCACCUCAGGUAGCCCGUCCAAUCUGACCUAUUCAAAUUCUGAGGAAGCAUUUCUCCUCCUAUUGAACCCGACCAUGACUUUGAUCUGUUGCUCAUCACUUUGCCCUCUGGAGUACAGAACUUGUCUCUUCCUUUUUCCACAAGAUAGCUUUUCAAAUAGAACUGGAAGGGAUGGUAGAGAUCGAAAAGCCCGACUCCCCUUUAUUUUUUACAGAUGAGGAAACUGAGGCUGAAAGAGAUGAAGUGACUUGUCCAUAGUCACGUUUAUAGUAGCAGACCUGGGAUUUGACCCAGGUUGUCUGGCUCCAAAUUUAGGGUGGUCCAGCGCAGUGCCUAACACACAGUAAGUGCUUACAAGAGGCUUGUUAACUGAUUUUAGGAAGAAGGGGAUGCAAUAAGAUGGAAAAAAUAUUAAACCAGAGUCGGGAAAGAGGCUGCUUCACACAGGGCUUAGAACCACCACACCUCAGACCCUCAGUCUCCUCACCUAUACAGUGGAGAUCUGCAGCACCUCUCCCACAGGGUCACUGUGAGGUGCAAAUGAGGUGUAUUUAAUGUAUUUUGUGAACCUUGAAACACCUUAUCAAAGCCAUCUAUUAUCACACCCCCUGUCCUUCAUACCACAACAGGUUAUAUAUAUAGGAAUUUGAUAAUAAUGAAGCCCCCCAAUAAUUAUGGGUUAUAAAAUGUGCCACCGCCUUCGUUAAGGGAAAGACGCGUUUAUAUCCCCGAAAGCCGUCUUGCUGCAUGGGUCCUGCAGCACUCUAAGAGGCAAAUUAGUUGUUUCCUUUCGAAGAGGGGCCCUUUCCAUGGUGCAUAUUAAUAGUCUCAGGUUACAGGGUCCAGGUAUAACUCUGGCUGGCAAGAUCAGUUCUAUAGUUACAAAGUAAAGUGUAUAUUUAAUAUAGCGGCCUUUCUGCAUUUAUUUGUGAACAUUUGUGCCCCAUCAGGGUGUUCACUUUUUAUAAAUGUUCAGUUAUCCUGAAAAAUAAGCAUAUCGGUAUUCCCAUCCAAUAUUUGCAGUAGGUCUGUCAAAAUUAGUUUUUCCUUCCUUCUGUUCAAAUCUGUAGUUUCCUUCUUGUUAUUUUACUGUUAGGUUCAUUAAAUUCUGAAGGGAUAGUCUCCUACAGUUACUGUCUCACAUUUCUCUGCAUCUGAGUUAAUUUUUCCUUUUAAGUAGUUACUAUGCCAUUUGCUGUACAUAUAUUUACUGAUACCGUGUUUUUAUCUAUGGUGCCUUUAAGCAUAAUGUAGUUUCCCUCUGUCACUCUUGACAAUACCAUUUCUACUAUUGCCUUAUCAGAAAUCAUGAUUGCACCUCCUUCUUUGGAUUCAGAUGAAGUGUAAUGAUAAAUGUUUCAACCCCGCACCUUAAAUCUUUGUUUUCCCUGUUUUAAGUGUGUUUCUUCUUGUAUGUAAUAGAUUUUUGUGGUUUGUUCUCUCUAAUCCAUUCUGUAACUUUCUUCCAUAUUAGAGUGUUAAUUCCAUUAACAUUCAGUUUUAUAGUUUUUGAUUUUCUCCAUCAAAUACUCUUAUAUGGCCUUAAUUUUUUUUAAAUCAGCAGAAUACUGUACAGCUUGUUCUGCUUGAAAUAAUCCAUUCGCAGUUUUUGCUUUUAUACAAAUACCAUCUCCCUAUACCCCCUAUAUGGUGCUCCCUUCCCUUCCACCCCAUUCAAAUCUCCACGUUCUAUUUUUAUUAUAAUAUUUACUAUCCUUAUUCAGCCCAGAUAAAAGUAUAGUUUAGGAGCCUUCAACAUUCCCCUUCCAAGCGCCUUACUCCCCCUCCUACGCCCUGCCCCCCCAUCUCCCUUUGUUCUCGUGAUAACCCUUCCACAAGAUGGAAGU